AUGGCCGCCGUCACCCGCCAGCCCUUUGCUCCCCUUGACGGAGCUCGUCUACAGUCCCUGACCAGCCUAAAGAACAGACAAAACGCCAACGUUUCUCCCAAGCGGAAAGCAGAGUUUCUCGAGAUUGAUAACUGUGAAAAUGUCGAUCCCCUGCUCUUUGCAAAACGCUCCAAGGGCGUAAGCUCAGGCACCCCUGCCAAGGAUGCCCUCAAGCCCUCCAACUUCUUCCUCACUCCCAAGAUCAGCACUCCCGUCGCCAGUGCACGAUCUCUCACCAGCCAGAACAAGGCCUCUUCCACGCCUCGUCGCAUUCUGAACCCAAAGUCAAAUCUGGGCAAGGCCAGUGUCGACAACACGCCCAAGUCCUGCCCGGUAGCUCCCGCGGGCCGCUCGCCAACUCAGGGCAAGCGCUCUAGACUUUUGUCGGGACGGCGUCGCGCCACUCGCCUGGACCCCCCAUCAUUCGCCCUCGGCGGCUCUUCCGCUCCCUUCUCUCUCGAUGCAGCCCUAAAAGGCACCAUUGCGGGCUACACCCCUCGGCCAUCCGUCAAGAAGCCCGUCGCCUCCAGCCUGCUUGAGCCUGAAUCCAAGGCCAGCUGGUUCUUUGACAUUCACGAAGACACCCCUGAGCAGGAGAUGACCAAUCUUCUGCAGCACAGCACCUGCACACUCGACAUCUCAUCUGAUGAGGAGACGGAGCAGCGCGCAAAGCGAGAUGGUGCCGAGGGACGUGACAAGGAGAACAUUCCUCCUGCAGACGACGUCUCCCAGACUUCAGCCCAGCGUGCUAGCCCGUCGCCCAAGGGUGAUGAGAUGAUUGUUGAGAAGCAGCGAGUUGCGCUAGGUGAGAUGAAUGCAGCGGAUUUCUAUGCUGAGGGCUGUGACGAGACAUCGGUGAUUCUCAUCCACGAGGACGAGGAGCCAGAAGCCCCCAUCGCCACUAUCUCAAACAUUCCCUCCAACAUCCCCGAGGAGCCGGAAGAGGAAGAGGACGAGGACGAGCUGGAGAUUCAUGAAGACAUUGACGCUCUCAUUUCAAGAUCCGACGGCACAUCAUCCAAGGCCGCUGUUCUGCAGCCCAUAGAAGGCACAGGCGAAAGCUUUGAGCUUUGGGAAAGCAGCAGCGCCAAGGAUGAAGCUGAAAGCGUCGUUGGGAGCCCGUAA